ACGUCGCGCCUCUGGCUGCCUGACGUGUCUCUGCAGCAGCUCGGUGUAGCCAGAAGGACUCAUUCUGCUACCCCAUACCGGGUUCCUGGAGCAAAACCCCUUUAGUUGUUAGGUGCAGGGCUGCCCUCUCGAUCGGGGUACCAGUGUGCAUGCAGGGAUCGCUGUGUCCGUGCUCUCUGUUUCGAGUUGUUGCCCUGUGCAGUGUGUUGGAUUCAACUUCUAGCUGCUGAUCAAACAAAACCACUGUUUAUAAGGAAAAUGUAAUUUCUAAAAUAACAAAAAUAUUUGGAAAGAUGACUGCAACAUGGACAAGGCUACCAAGCUCUCUAGGGUGUGGGCGCAGCCCAACAAUCUGGGUUUUCUCAGGUUUUCAAAACACAGGGUGUAGAAAAACCCUAUAUGGGUUAAAAAAGCCCCAUACUCCUGCGGUGCUCCCCUAUGACAUUGGUGUUACCCUUGAGGGAAAAGAACAUGUCUUUUUAUGAGGCAGGGUCUGAAGAUAGCAGGUGAGGUGGUGGUAUGGAGGACCAUGGAGUUCUCUGCAGUGGCUGUUUACAUGCCCUGCCCUGCCCCUUGCAGAUAAGGAUGGCGCCUGCUGAGAAACCCAGUGCUUCCCUUGGAGCAGGUGGACUGCGAGCUUUGACCUGGCACCUGGCAGAGGCACGUGGAGUGCCAGGGAACAGCGGGACCUUGGUCAGAUAGGUGGUGUCCUACACGGGCACGGGUGUUCAGCAGCAUCUUUUUCUCAUGUCGUUGCAGGACUAUGUGUCCAUUGCAACCCUCCUUUCUCCAAAAACCUGAUCCUGGAUGUGUGCUACACUGCGUGGAGGAUUUACCAGGAAAAAAAGAUCUGUGCAGGAAUGACUGCUCUGAUGGGUUAUAGGGGCACCAGUGCCCCGUAAUAUGAGAAGCAGUCUGUGUAGAACAUGCAUUGCGUGACUGGUCUGGCUUUGGCUCUGCUGGGGUCUCCUCAGCUACACUCUCUUCAGGGUGUUGGUGGUGGUUUCCUCAGUAGAAAAAAUUAAAUGUUAAAGAGGAAACGGGCUAGUAAAGCUGCUGCAAAAGUGCCAAGAGGACCAUUACAACUUACAAAUGUAAUGAAAACGUAUAAGUAAGAAUUUGUACCUGCAAGAAGUGAUAUUUCCGGAGUUGUAUAUCACCACUGCCCAAUAGGUGUAGCAUCCUUUAUCUGUGAGGAGAUGAUGGCUGAUGUAAGGGGCUGCAGCCUCAACCUGUCAUUCCAAAUCAGUUGGUCAAGGACUCUGCAGACACCAAUGCUUUUUUUCUCCAAAGGAAGCCAGUGCAUGGCCAUUUUAAAGUUCCUAAUUCUUGCUGUUGUGUGGAGUUCCUUGCUGCAAUGGCCUGAGUUGUCUGUGAAGAGACUCUACAGAGCAAUACAGCCUAAAACAGAGAAGAUGCUGAGUGUAAUUUUUUUAAACAGUUGCAUGGCUUUCGCUAUUGAAAUUUUUGUGUGAAAUAUCAGAUGUUUUUAUAUUGACUUUUGAAGUGCUGAGUCUUGGAGACAAACUCAAAUAAAGUGAAAACAAUUUCUCUUGCCUACAAGCAAGAAAAAGCAGCCUGUGAAAAGCCAGGACUGUUCCCAGGUCUGCUGAAGGACAAAAAGCUGUUUCAUCUGAAGGAUUCUCAAGUGUGUCAGAUUGUGAGACAUGGCAGGACAGAGACUGUUUGCACGCCACAGCCUGGUGGAUGGAGGGGGUGUGAUAGCUUACAUCAGCUCUUCAAGCUCGGCAUCUAGCCCAGCCUCAUGUCACAGCGAGAGCUCAGACAGCGGUUUCCAGUCAUCCUCUUCGCCUGUACCAUCUUCUCCGAACAGCUCCUCCUCGGAAAGCAGCUGCAAUGGACGGAGCAACGAGGGCUCUGAUGGGGCACCAAAGAGUGAUCGGCUGGAGGAGACAAUUAAAACAAACCAAUCGAGUGUUGCUGGUUUGACAAAAGGCCAUAAUGGAGUCACAAAGUUUAAUGGCAUGGUUCUUCUUUGCAAAGUCUGUGGAGAUGUCGCUUCAGGAUUUCAUUAUGGUGUUCAUGCCUGUGAGGGCUGCAAGGGUUUUUUCAGAAGAAGCAUUCAGCAAAACAUCCAGUAUAAGAAGUGCUUGAAGAAUAACAACUGCUCUAUAAUGAGAAUGAAUAGGAACCGGUGCCAGCAGUGUCGUUUCAAAAAAUGCCUGUCUGUUGGGAUGUCAAGAGAUGCUGUUCGAUUUGGCCGUAUUCCCAAACGUGAAAAACAGAGGAUGCUGAUUGAAAUGCAGAGUGCCAUGAAAACCAUGAUGAACAGUCAGUUCAGCGGUCACUUACCCAAUGAAGCAUUAACAGAACAUCAAGAGCAAGCACCUCAAGAAGACCUUUCCUCCAAGCCCAAACAAGAGCAGGAAACCAUCAAAAGCCCUUCUCCCCUUCCUGGCACUGACAUGGCUAAGGAAGAAGUGAUUGGUAUGGUCACUAGGGCCCACAAAGACACUUUCAUGUACAACCAAGAACAGUCUCAAAACCCAUCAGAAAUGAUGCAGUCCCAGAGCGGGGAGAGAAUGGCAAAUAACACUGAGCAGUACAUCUUGAGUGGCGAGCACUGUGUUAGUGGGUUUGGUGGCCCUCAGUACCCUGAAGGCGAGCAGCACCUUGGUGGACAGUACAAAGGGAGAAGCACAAUGCAUUAUCCAAGCGGACACGCCAUGUGUUUUACAAAUGGCCACUGUAUGAACUUCACCAGUGGUUAUACUCAGCGAGUGUGUGAUAGGAUCCCGGAAGAUGGCUUUUCUUCAAACAAGAAUACCACUUACUCUUGCAGCACUGGAGGAAGAAUGCAUCUGGUCUGCCCAAUGAGUAAGACUCCCCACGUGGACCCAAACAAGUCUGGCCAUGAAGUCUGGGAAGAGUUUUCCCUGAGUUUUACCCCUGCGGUGAAGGAAGUGGUGGAGUUUGCCAAGCGCAUCCCAGGUUUCCGAGACCUCUCCCAGCAUGACCAAGUUAAUCUUCUGAAGGCGGGGACCUUUGAGGUUUUAAUGGUACGGUUUGCAUCUUUGUUUGAUGCAAAGGAACGUACCGUCACCUUCCUUAGUGGAAAGAAAUAUAGUGUGGAUGACUUGCAUUCAAUGGGAGCUGGUGAUCUGCUCAACUCAAUGUUUGAAUUCAGCGAGAAACUAAAUGCCCUGCAACUUAGUGAUGAGGAAAUGAGUUUGUUUACUGCGGUUGUCCUGGUAUCUGCUGAUCGCUCCGGAAUAGAAAAUGUCAAUUCUGUGGAGGCACUUCAGGAAACUCUAAUCCGUGCAUUAAGGACCUUAAUAAUGAAAAAUCACCCAAAUGAAGCCUCUAUUUUCACGAAACUUCUUUUGAAAUUACCUGAUUUGCGUUCCUUAAACAACAUGCACUCUGAAGAACUGUUGGCCUUUAAAGUUCACCCAUAGGCCUUUAGGUCUCAUUUGUACUUGGACUUGCCUCGUGUUAAACUGUUUUGUGCUAAAAUACAUAUUUAUACAGUUGUACCACUUAUUGGAGGGUUCACAGACUGAGCAGUUGAUAGCUGUCCCAUACCCAUGCAAUAACGCUUCAGCAGGUGCUUUCAGCUAACGGCAGCACAGCAUCCAGAGUCCUCCAAGACAUCAGCCCCAGCUGUGCUUCACUUCUGCAGAAGAGGUUGCGAUCAACCUGAGUAAAUAUGGACGGUUCUGUUGCUUAAAGAAAAGACCCACGACUGCCCUCUUACGUAAACUGAAUGCAGAGUAGCUGUAUAUGCGCAUACGGAGCAUGGAAUGGGAUGGGAACAAUCCUGCGCUGAUAGGAAAAUGGAAGAGCUGAUUUAAUUGGUCUUUCACGUAUCUAGUAGAUGUAUGUCUGUGUCUCUUGAUAAGUCACUCAUGGUUUCACUGUUGUUAUUCCAUUAAACCCGAUGGAAUGAUUUCAGCCUGCACCAACUCUUCACUGAGCGUGUGUUCAUGCCAUGUGUAUAUAUAAUAUAAAUAGUUAAGUAAUGAGUGUUUAUGGCUAUAUAAAGUACAGAGUUGUGUGUAUAUAUGUGUAUGUAUAUAAAUAGUUCUAUACAUAAAGUAUACAUAUAAUUUCUUCACAAUAUUUUAAACUGUGAAGGAAUUUAAACUUACAACAGAAGGUGAUCUAUGGAAAGAACCAAAUAGAUGCACUUUGCAUAUUGCUGAACUAAUUAUCUGAGCAUUUCUAAUUUUUAGAAAACAUCAAAUUUGCAUUAAUAUGCUGUGUUUGUUAAUUUAAAAAACAAAAACCAACAAAAAUAAUCACAACUGAGUGGCACCAAGGGGACAGAGUCAGCUUCAACUUCCAGAAUAGGUUUGUAGAGUAUCUCAAGUGGAGACGGUUAGUUAUGGCAGUAAUGAGAUUGAUUGUCCAUUGCCACUGAGGUUCUUGCAUUCUGAUAAAGGUUAAAGAAGCACCAGAUGCUCUUCAGAAACUUAAGCACAGCCAGAAAGAAACUAUCGGAUGAGUAACAGCAUCUGUAAGAAAAAAAAAUGGGAAAAAAUAUAUCCAUGGUUGCGUUUGGGUGUAUGUGUGUUCUGUGACCAUUUAUUUCUUGCAAUACAUCAUUUUGCUGCUUCAUUGCUAAAUGAGAUUCCCCAUGUCUUUUCACGAUGUGGGCUUUGUGGUUCCCAUGCCUGUUCUUCUGGAGCUCUCCAUUGAUAUGUGUGUGUGUGUGUGUGUGUAUGCGUGCAGAGAAGGUGCACUGGAUGGUCUGGAUUUUUUUCUUAAAAAAAAACCACAAAAAACAAACAAAUGGGACUUUAUUUGUUUAUGCCAGUAGCAAAUAACAAAGCAGAUCCUCAAGGCUUAAGCUUCUGCUGCUUUUCCAUCUAGGAAAGCAGCUCUCUGUGGGUUUUCUCCAUUUGUAGCAGGUCCUGGCACCAGAAAAGAGAGAUUAAAAAAAGUCAAAGCAGUUGUGUUAAUUAGUUAUGUUUAUGUUUUGCUAAUGUGGGAAGAAGUUUCUCCAUUGCCCUUGUGUUGAUUUAACUUACCUUAGCACUCUGGGUCUCUGGUGUUUGGUAACACUACUCUGCAGAGGAAGAGACACUGUCUAGAUGUACAUGGUGGGUGAGGCCAGGAGCCAGAAAACCACCAGGCUGCAGAGCUUCUCCCUGCGCAGGAGCAGCUCUCACCCAGCAGUGCAUUGAUGGGAGCCCUGAUCCCUGCUGCGGAGCUGGAGCAGAGGAGGAGAAGGUUGCACCCCACCACGGCCCCGGGUCACCUGUGGGCUGGGGUUUUCCCCUGGGUAGGUGGUGAGGAGUGCUGUCCUGGGGCCGAGAGCAGGAGGGGGCAGGUGCUUGAGUAAGAUCUGGGGAAAAUUUGGUUUUAGCCCCAGCAGAGGAGCAGGAGCACCCACCCUUUCCCUGCUCUGUAGCUGCCGCAGGGAGAGCUGUCCUCAUGCUUCACGCUACUUUAACCACUGGAUAAUGGCCCCUUAAUACAUACAGGUUUUUCUAUCCAAAUGUGCUAUUGGGGCAUGUUGUCCUAAUUUCUGUUAAUAGUCUGCAUCCUACCAGUAUUAUUUGUUUGAGAGCUUCACUGAAUUAUGCAUUGAACCAUCCGGCCUUUAGAAAGGACACAAUCAGAUGUUUUGUAUUAUUUAGGAGCUGAAAUGACUUUUGUAGACCCCAUUUCAAAUGUGGAAAAUACAGUUAAUCCUUGGUUCUUUUGGGAGGGAAGGAGGUUUCUUACAGAGAUUGCCACCCUACAGCUGUCUUUUGUUGUGUUCUGUUUAGUUUUUUUUUUUUUUUUCUUAAAACUGUAUUAUUAAGCCUUUAGGAAUGUAUAACCAGGACUGAGUAAUUACCGCUUAUUAAAUUUUUAGUUAGAUGGACCAUGUAUGCCUAUAGAUAGAGUAUUCUAACUUGUGCAAUUUCACUUGAAAUAAUCUUCCUGUACAUAAUGGAAAAACUCAUCUAACAGAAAAAAUAGUCCCAAACAGAUUGACAGAAGAAAAAAGUUGAUUAUGGUUCGAAAGUGACCCACAUAUUACAAACCUUAGCUGGAUUCUUAGAAGAAAAUCUAAACUCAUCGUGUUAGCUGUGUAUUGUGAGCUCUUCUUUUACUGUGUCACUGGUUAUACACUUGUUAAACGCUGAGAUAAUAGACUUCAUGCCAGGCAUUUGAGUACUGUAGAUUGGGUCAUUGCUGAGAGAUUAAUGUACUGUAUGACUUAAAAUGAAAUUUUUAUUCUUGAUUUUAUUCUUGAUUUUGUUCUUGUUUUAAAAGAUUAAAUAUGGGCAUUAUGUCAGCAAGCUAAA